CCACUUUUGCAAAUUCCCUGGCCUGCCAGGCGCUGCCUCGUGUCUGCCUCGCCUUUUCCGGAGGUCAUUGACCGGACAUCUAAUCUAUAAAAACCCACCCUUUUGUUUAUUUAAUUCUCCCAUCCUCAACACUUGUAUUCUUACAACCCCACCUUUUCUCCUACCUAUCCCGCCCACCGUCGCCGACGCCCAUCAUGGCCAUCUACGAGGAAUACGCAGCGCUCCCUGUUACCAGCGAUAUUACUCCUGGUGACAUCGUCGCUGUUAACCACGACCGGUACGGUCGUCAAGAGGGUCUCGUCGUUGGCUCUCGUGUCGACUUCGCUGGCCGACAAAUUCUCGAAGUCCAACUCGAAGCCUCAAACGAAAUCUAUCAAGCAUGGUACCCCACUGUCACCCGCGUCAGGCGAACAGUCUCCUACACCCGACCUGUCGUCGCAAAACAGCGCACCGUUGAGCGCCGAAUCUAUUGGUGAUCGUAUUUC